UAACGUCAUGGACAUUCCCGUAUCUACUGUACGACCAUGAGCACAGUCUCCGAUCUUGUAGGUAGCCUGGCCAGUUCAGAAUCCGUUACUGGUGUACUCCAAGAUUUACAGGCACUGAUUGGUAAUUUGUCUGAGACUGAGAUACGUAGAGAGGCCAGUGAAAUUGACGUCGUUCCUCUUUUCGUCCACCUCGACUCUGAUAUGACAUCUCUGAUGAUAAAAAAAGUCUGGAGAUCGUUUGGUACCAAGUCAAUACUGACAAAGUUGGGAUCCAAACUGUCGGAACUAAUCAGCGCAACUACAUCAAGGGGCCUAGGGAAAGAACUUCUGUUCUGUUGUCUAGAAGACAGUGUUCAAACAGAGUCUGGGAUUGAUUGCAUAAUUACAGCCGGCUUGUUUGAUUUUAUUUUGGAUAGUCUGAGUGAUGAGGACUUGUCUUGUGCACAGACUGGUUCCAAACUGCUAACUGCUGCAUCGCUAUUGGGAGCUGGCCUGAACGCGUUGUUUACUGCUGAUCGAGUCCAGAAGAUGAACGACAUUGCUUCUUGUAGUGACACCGUCAAAUACCGAGUGUUUGCUCUCUGUGUGGACAUCGCUACGUCAUCGGAUCAGGGAUUUGAGUGUUGUGUUACGACUGGCAUAUUUGCUGGGUUGCUGCAAGAUUUGGACUGUGAUGAUGUGCUGCUACAACUCAACUGCAUCGAAUUACUGGGGAAACUGGCCACGAGUCAAAGAGGAUUUGCUUACCUGAAAGAUGCUGGUGUCCUUAAUAAACUUACCAACAUGCUUGCACAGUGGCCAUUAGAUCCUUUCCUUUCAUUUGUCACUCAGGGUGUGAUACGCUUCUUUGGUAACCUCUGCUUAUCUGCUCCGCAGAGUGUGAAGACAAUCUGUACUGAACAUCCUAUUUUUCUGUCAACUGUGCUGGCAAAGCUGCAGAAAAGUGAUGGCUCUGUAAUAGGCAUAGCUAUUGACACUAUUGGCAUGUUGGGCUCUACUGAUAUGGGUCGCUCUGUACUCCAGGGUACUCCUAACAAUGGACAAGACUUUAUUCGAAGUAUGGGCAGAAUUAUGGAGUCCUCGGAGUCUCCAAUCAGAAUCAGGUGUAUAGAAGCCCUUUCAAGUCUGUUUAAGAAUAUAGAUGCUAGUGACAGCUCGUCAGAGAUUACACAUUCAUGGUAUCUUGUCCUACAUGACCAUCCAAUGCAAAUUAUCCUUUCAAUUGCAUCGCAGCCAUUCGAUGAUAUUCACGCAGCAGGUCUCAAGCUCCUUACAAGUAUUGCAUCAAAUACAUGGGGCCUACAACAAAUCCAGGCAUGUCCUGGUUUAUUAGAAUACUGUCUUGAUCGCUCAACAGAAAACACAAAAACAGGCAAGGAAUUGAAAUAUAGACUUAUUAGCACAAUGGUGGACACAGACAACGCACUUGGAGUGCUCGGAAUGCCAGUCAUGUUGCAACUCAAAAUGUAUGUGCGAGAUGGACCGUUUCAUACCACAGCUCAAUCAACCAUAACAAUGGAGAGUUCAAACUAG